GAGAUUACAAAAGCAUAAACCUCCAUUGUCCACUCCCUUCCCUUUGAAGGUUUCAACUUUUGUGAUUUUCCCCUCAGAAAAAGCUCAAGAGAAGAUGAUAGAGACGAGAAUGGAAAGAGAAAAUGGCAACCCAUAUCCAAGUUUUGUUCCUUUGUUCAUAUCCUAUAUCUUAAUCUUUUUAUCUUUCUACUAAUAUAAUUUCCUAAUAUUUGUAAUUUUAUCUUUAUCUCUGUCUCUAUCUCAAACGUGCUUUCUUUUGUUUCUUUUUUCUUGAUCUGUAGAUAAAGUUUGGGUCUCUUUGGUGGAUCCUCUUUCACUCCCUUGUCAUUUCAAUAGAUUAGCCCAUUUUUGUCACAGCUUGGCUCUUUAAUCCCUUCACAAUUUUAACAUACAAAUCUUUUCUAGAAUUUUCCAUCUGGAUCUUCUCCCUGUCUUGUUCGAACCUGGAAAUUCUUUUAUUCUUCCUUUUUUUUUACCAUCAUUCAACAGGUACCCUUUUGUGCUAUCUAUAUGUUUGCUCUAAUUCGCGAGAGAAAUUGGCCAAUUCUUAAUCAGACCCUGUUUAAUUGAAAAACCCAAAUCUUGAUUCUUCAUUUGUGAGGACUGAGUGUGUUGUUGUUAUUUGUUAAAUUUUUUUUUGGAAUUGAAAGAUGAUGAUGAUGAUGACGAUGGAGGGAAUGAUGGAUAAGGGAAUAUUGGAUGAUAUAAUUAGGAGGCUAUUGGAAGGGAAAGGAGGCAAGCAGGUGCAGCUAUCAGAGGGAGAGAUCCGCCAGCUAUGUGUUAAUGCUCGCCAAAUCUUCCUCUCUCAGCCCAUUCUUGUCGAGAUUCAUGCUCCCAUCCGCAUAUGUGGUGACAUACAUGGGCAAUAUCAGGACAUGUUAAGAUUAUUUGAAUAUGGUGGCUAUCCACCUACUGCAAACUACCUCUUUCUUGGGGAUUAUGUAGAUCGAGGCAAGCAAAGUUUGGAGACCAUUUGUUUGCUCCUGGCCUACAAGAUAAGAUAUCCUGAUAGAAUUUAUAUGUUGAGGGGAAACCAUGAAGAUGCGAAGAUCAAUCGUAUUUAUGGAUUUUACGACGAGUGUAAAAGGAGAUUUAAUGUUAGGCUUUGGAAAAUAUUUACGGAUUGCUUUAAUUGUUUGCCUGUGGCUGCACUUAUUGAUGAGAAGAUACUUUGUAUGCAUGGAGGGCUAUCUCCAGAAUUAAAAAAUUUGGAUCAAAUAAGGGAACUUGCGAGGCCAACUGAAAUUCCAGAUAGCGGUCUCCUCUGUGAUCUUCUUUGGUCUGAUCCUGACCCUAAGCUUGAAGGGUGGGCAGAUAGCGAUAGAGGUGUUUCAUGUACUUUUGGAGCUGAUAGGGUUGCAGAGUUUUUGGAGAAGAACGAUCUUGAUCUCAUUUGUCGAGGUCAUCAGGUGGUAGAGGAUGGGUAUGAGUUUUUUGCCAAACGAAGAUUGGUCACAAUAUUUUCAGCUCCAAACUACGGUGGGGAGUUCGAUAAUGCAGGUGCUCUAUUGAGUGUUGAUGAAGGUCUAGUGUGUUCCUUUGAGAUAUUGAAACCAGUUUUUGAGACUAAAGCAUCACCUAGCGGUUCCAAGGUGACUCUUAAGAAGGUUCCUAAAGCUGGGAGGGUCUAAAGUUAGGAGAAUCUGAGAAAUGUUUCAGUUUGAGUAAAAAUAUUUCGAGAGCAAACUAGUUUGUGCCAGAGAUUACUUGUUCAAUGUGGCUUGCCAAAGGAGAACCUUUCCGGUCAUUAAGCUUCCCAAUAACUCUAGUCGCAAUUGAAAUCAGUAUAGAAAGUCUGUAAAUCCACAGCACACAUGCUGCUUUUUGUGCAGGAAAUGAAAUUUUCCCUUUUUUAUGUCAAUUGUUGCAUAGUAUGAUUAGCUUGUUGUGAGUACCGGUUGAGGAUGGUCUGCCUUGAUCUUUUUGUCUAGGAUAUUUGUACAUUCUACCUUCAAGUUUGCCAUGGAAAAUCUUCUUAUUGAUCAAAUACAUCCAAAUAUUAGCUAGUUA